AUGUCGUUCGCAGCGGGCAUAAACGGCCCGACGUACAUAUCAUCUCAUUCAGCCGAUGUAAUUCUAUCCGACAUUCGGCCCAUAAAGCUCAAGAUUGAGGCUCUGCGAUGUAUCAAUGUACUUCUCGACGAGUUCCUGUACAGCAUUCUGGCUGCGGCGCGUUCGUUGUCUACCGACAAGCUGCGGGCGGGGCUCCUAAAAGUCCUGCCCACGAAUCUGGGGAAGGAAGCCCUUUUGGAGGCUGAAGUGGAAUUGAGGGCGUAUUGGGAACGUACCAAGCUUCCAGGGGGCCCCUCGUCGCCGAUGCUAGAAGAGGGCCAGGGCUUUAACCUUCAAUGGUCAUUUGAGCUUCUACGCCUGAAGUGUGAAGCAUACUCAACGUUGAAUGAACACGACGAAAACCUUGCGGCCGAGACAAGCUUGAAUGAGCGCAUGUCUCAGCAUGGAGGGUUCACUCCUCCAAAGACGACGCUGGUGGCUCCGGCGGCCCUCUAUCUCACAGCAAUAUUAGAGCAUGUCUUGGGCAACGUAGGACGCGUAGCUUCUAGAGAUAGCAGCCGAGCCAACGCUUCGGUCCAAGAUCUUUUCGUUGCUCUCUGUGAGGAUGAGGCGAUAUAUGGCUUAUUUAAAGGCAUGAAAGUUUAUGAUCAGAUUGAGUUACUUUCCCAGAGCUCCAAACACCAGCGAAGUAAAUCGUUCACACGCAACGACAAGUCUCUUUCACGUACAUCGUCCCCGCAGCUGGACUUGCCACCUACUCCCCCGGAGCCGUUUGCACCUUCUGUGCCCAUUAAGUCGCGACAAUCCUCAGAAUCUGCCAACGCCGACCCUUUCUUUUCACCCCCAAGAACCUCCACGGAUAAGCCCAGGGGAGUCAAGAAGUUCAUACCAGGACGUUCGUCCCACGAUGAAUCGCAAAACGGCCACAAGAGAUCCGACUCUGUAUAUAGCGCAGAUUCGAGAGGUGAUAAUGAGAAAUUUGAUGUGGAGGAUUCUGCUCUCCUUCAGGAAUUUGAUGAUCUUAUGCGUUCCAAUGCCACCAUGAAAGUUUCGCUGACGCCCGAUAGGCUCAGGACUAUGGAGGCACAUAAAAGGGACCAAAAAGGGAACAAUCGUCCUCCGCCAGUUUUCGCCCCCAAAGUUGAACCUGAACCUCCUGCUACCCACGCAACGCGCGCAAAUGGGCGCAGGCCAUCCCUUCGACACGUCGACUCAAUCAUAGAGGACGACGAAGAAGUGAAAAUCUCCCUCAACGAUCACACAUCGCCGUCCCCACUUCCGGACGCCAAUCGCACACGUUCCGCAUCCGUAGCAGCGCCAUCAUCCUCAGUUGUGCCCAACAAUAACAGUGAGCACUCUCUUCCAGGAAAGAUGACAGCAAUCAUGGGUACCAAAGCACCUCCCUCGAGUUUCGGGUCAUAUUCGAAAGGACCUGAGCGCCAGGCCGUGUUCCCGGAUUCAGAUGGACGACCGCCACGCACACGGAAAAUUCAACGAAAUCGCGAAUCCUUAGAUCUCGAUGAUAUAAUGGGGGACUCUGACGACGAGAGGCCCGCUGUCGACACUCAAAGUAAACCACCUGCAUCCCGUAAUGGAAGGCCCAUGAAAGUGUCCGCUAGUACGAGAGAGUUGAUUGACUUCCUGGCAGAAGGUCCACCUGAUCUUCCUCAACCUCCCUUCCCAACGAGUCCUCCAUCCUUGGACGGGGGCAAGCAGAGAGGUUCCGGGCGUUUGCAGCGGAUGAUGUCCAAGUUAUCCAUGGGGAAUUCGGAUAAAAGCAAGACCUCUGAAUCACCAAGUCGGCCGCGUCGCGUCACUUUACAGAGCAAACCUUCGAUCACUAAUAUUUCACCUCUGGCCAACAGGCCUAUCCCUCCUCGUCCACCUCCAGUUUCUCCCCCGGAGUCCCCUCCGGCUAGCUCCUUUGACGAUGUCAUGUCCUCUAGUUCACGAUCCCGAGCGGCGGUAUCCCGCAAGACGGCCCCUGAGUGGGAACCACAGGCCAUGGAAACGCAACCCAACUUUUCCAGAUCUGAUAGCACCAGGAGCCCCGACCUCGGAGCUGCAUCUAGAGUCGCCCCUCCGACCUCGACCUCACCAUUGCCGCCGCCACCGCCUGUGUUACAUUCUAGACUUGCUAACGGUUCAACAUCGUCUCAAGCACCUGAAGUUGAGCCGGUCAAGGACGACCAAGUCAAGAAGACUCGUAGGGCUUCGUUGUUGCAGAGAGUCCCGGUCCCGUCGGUGGACCCAUCGCUAGACAUUCCACCGCGCUCUAGUGCGCGCCCAUCUCCUGCUGUUACGCCGGUGCCUUCUACCCCUGAAACCACGAGUAGAGCUCCCUCCGCAGCUGCGAUCGAAAGGAGAGUUACGAGAGAGGCAUCAACCGGUACAAAUGGAUCUCCCCCUACCCCCGACACGCCUCACGUUUCCGCUCAAUCUGCGCGGGACCUACAACGUCUCAUGGCCAUUGCAACGAACGCAGACGAGUGUCGCUUGGUGCUUCACGCUGUUCUCACUGCCUCUGGUAUAGCAGUAGACCCCCCAGUCGAUCCAGCAGUUGCCGCACGAAGUACUGUGCCUGUUAAUACUGCCCUCGAGAGCACUUUGAUCGAACUGUUCCUUGGUAACGGUCCCCUGGAGACCGAUGCAUCUCUGGAGGAGCCCAGAGAAACCCCAGUUGUUGUGCAUGAGGAAGAGAAGGAAAACAUUCCCCUUCCAUCACCACCCUCCAGUUACAUUAAAGCACCAGCUCCACGCGGGGUUCGUGUGCAUACAACUGCGAUUGCCGCAUAA